GUUUAGCUGUUGUAGGAGAAAUCGCGGGAGGAAAGCAAGUAUGCUCGUGUGUGCUAUUAGUCAUUCGUUGUGUGUUAAUUUACCUCGACAGCAUGACAAAUAAAAUUAAUACUGCCUUUUUUACCACUUCUAUUAACUUGUCUUCCAGUAAAAACAAGAAAAUGUUUUACGUGGUAUUUACGAAUGUUGAGUUUUAAAAUACUCCCUUCGGUAAUUAUGAUUAUGUAGAAACUUCUUGAAAUAUUGGAAAACAAAGGAAAUGCUGGAAGUAAAUACCGAACCAUUGGAAACGAUUUUAUGAUAACCUUAAUUUAUGCGAUGGUCAGUUAUCUAAUGUCUUGGAUGAUGAGCUUCAUUCCUAAUCAUUUCUUAAAACGGUUUCGGUGGUGCCCUACGUCCUUUGAAGAACUGGACGAAGCCGAAAAGAACAUCUUGAGUUAUGUGAAAAAACCAUUUGUUGCAGAAUACGUUAACAUAGGUACGGAAUGGGGCUACAACGACAGCGACAUCAAAAUAUGGACUUUAAAAAUGAAUACGACCUCCAGACAGACUCCCCUAGUCAUGAUUCACGGGUUUGCUUCCGGAGUCGGUCUGUGGAUUAUGAACUUGGACGUACUCUCUACGAACUGUCCUGUGUAUGCUUUUGAUUUACUCGGUUUUGGAAAGAGUUCAAGACCAAAGUUUAGUAAAGAUGCAAUAGAAGCAGAAAAUCAAUUUGUUUGCAGUAUCGAAGCAUGGCGGAAGAAACUCGGAUUGCAGAAAUUUUUUCUACUCGGCCACAGUCUGGGAGGAUUUGUUGCGGCCGCUUAUGCGCUGAAGCAUCCCGACCGCGUGGCUCAUCUGAUUUUGUGUGAUCCGUGGGGUUUUCCCGAACGUCCGAUAUCCAUGUCUCACAGAUACAAUUUACCGACGUGGGUGAAAGUGGUGGUUAAUUUCCUUCGGCCGUUCAAUCCUCUGGCCAGUCUCAGAGCCGCCGGUCCCGCCGGUCCCAUUUUAUUGAAGAGGGUGCGUACGGAUCUGAGAAGAAAAUUUUCUUCCGUGAUUAACGACGAAGAGGCCAUUCAUAAUUAUUUAUAUCACUGCAACGCGCAAACUCCGAGUGGGGAAGUGGCAUUUAAAGCCAUGACUGGCGAAUUCGGAUGGGCGAAACAGCCGAUGAUAUCACGAAUCGACAGUCUGAGACCUGACGUUCCUAUUACUUUCAUCUACGGAUCUAAAUCGUGGAUAGACAAACAGACUGGCAUUUUAAUUAAAAACAGUAGAUUGGAUUCCUAUGUCAAUGUUCAGGUGAUACAGCGUUCGGGUCAUCACGUGUACGCCGAUCAACCCGAUUACUUCAACAGAUUAGUUCGCAAGAUCUGCAACACCGAUUGGCAGACCACGACGGGGAGGGUCGAUAGCGAGACCGAGCCCAGCAGCGCCGACGAGAACGCCCCCGAACGGGAAAGCUCAGAAUAAUUUAGAUAAUCUUCCAUCGUCCCCGUUCCGAGAUACUAUUAAAUAGUAUUGUAAAUAACUGUCUAGACAUUCGAGUCUUUAAGGUAGACUACGUCAUUCCCGAGAGGCUGUCGAGCCGGUUACCCGGUUACUUCUGCACUCCGAUUACGUCAUCGUCAAAAACUACCUCGCUUACGUCAUCGGCGAAAGCGGGUUUCUCGGUCGGCUCGAUCCUCCUCUUCGCCUCCAGGUAGAAUCGGAUAUUUUCCCACGGCAGGGAAUUUCCCUACAGACGAAGCUGUUAGAUUUUGAAUAAAUUUUAACCCGAAAAUCCGAGCUUGAAUGUAACGGAGUUACGUAAUCAGUGUUGUGUAUCUCGAUGUGUGACGUCACUCGAAAAGAUUCUUUACGUGUUAUUGUAUACGAAACGUGCAUUACAAUAAAUGUGUUAAUGUUA